CUUGCCCCUACAGUCUGUUACAGGCUACACGGGGGGGGGAUCUUUGUCUUUGUAGCGCCUGCGCCGUUUUGUGAGGUGGCUUGCUGCUUGUCCAGUGGUCGCAACGCCUGAGAGAGAGAGAGAGACUGUCCCCCACAACCCCGUCCUUUCACUUAACGCAGGCUGCUGUUGCUGCUGCUGCUGUUGUUGCGACUGGUGGUGGUGGCACAAGAGGCGUGCGUCCCCCGCACAAAUAGCACAGCGUUCUCCUCCUCCCUCCUCAAGUUCCCCCCCCCUCCCCACCCCACCACCAUCAUCAUCAUCCGGCGACGUUGUCGGUGGAGGAAGAGGCAUCUGAGAAGCUGCCUCGGUUCUUUGGAACACGCGCGAGCGCCGCGUGACGACAGCCAUGGCCUCGGUGAGGAGGAAGUCGCAGAAGGAACGGGUCCUGCUGGCGCGCCAGGCCACCAUGCCGGCGGCCCCCGUGCACGAGGGCAUCCUGCAGGCCGCCCGCGCGCCCAUCUCGUGCUUCUCAGCGACGCCGGAGGUGAAAGCAGACCAGGGGUUCUUUGAAAGAGUCGGCAGCAUUUUGGAUCAGUACAGGAACCCAGAUCUGUUGGAAUCCACAGUAAGUGCUCCACUGCUGGAAGAAGCUCCCGUUCAGGGCAAAUUGAUGGAGAACGUUAAGCUUUCCAAGCGUGAGCUGGACAACCUGUACGAGGAGGCCCUUUACACCAUCAUGCACCGGAGCGGCGAGACCACCGAGGACUACGUCAACGAAGACUACGAGCUCUACGGAUACCUCAAGCGGGUGUUCAACCUGAGCCAAAUGGAUCAUGAAGCCCUGAUGGAGAAAGUCAAAGAAGCCAAACCGCCCGUGCAAGUGCUCAAGGUCACCGUGGUGGAGGCUAAAGGAUUGAUGUCCAAAGACCCCGAUGGAUUCAGCGACCCGUACUGCAUGCUUGGCAUCAUGCCGGGCAGCAAGGAUUCGCCGCGCGAGGCGGCCGAGGAGAAGAAGGAGAGGAAGUUCAGCCUGCGCCGGCGCUCCGACAAGCGCACGCCCAGCAUCAAAGAGGUGCUGCCCGCCAAGUUCAUCCAGGCCACGGAGGUCAAGCCGCACACGCUCGACCCGCAGUGGAAGGAGUCCUUCAGCCUAGACAUUGACGAUAUUCAAACCGAUACACUUCACCUUGACAUAUGGGACCACGACGACGACGUGUCGGUGGUGGAGGCGUGCAGCAAGCUCAACGAGGUGCACAGCCUCAAGGGGAUGGGCAGCUAUUUCAAACAGAUCGUGAAGUCCGCCCGCACUACCAACGCGUCCGGCUCGGCGGAGGAGCACGUCGAUGACUUCCUGGGAUGCCUCGACAUCCCACUGAAUGACCUGCCGUCCACGGGGGUGGACAAGUGGUGCAAGCUGGAGCCCAGGACCAGCUCGUCCAAGGUGCAGGGCUGGUGCCACCUUCUGCUCAACCUCACCUCGUCGCAGAGGGACACGCUGCUCAGCAAAAAGGUCUCAAACGUGACGGUGUACGAGAUGCUGAUGGAACACUUCAUCGCUUACCAGCACAACAUGCAGGGCGGGCUGAGCACGUGGGAUGGCGAGCUGUCCAAGUGCGCCAAGACGGUCCUGCACCAGCAUGCCGUGCAGACGGAUAUACCUCCUGCACAGCAGGCAAUACUGCACUGGCAGGCCUACAGCAAGUACCACCAGGCGAACGCCAUCAGCUACACGUGCCUGCACAACGCCCUGCAGCAGGUGGAGCAGAGCUUCCAGGACGCGUCCGUGGCUCACGAGCAGCAGCAGAGCCUGGCCGAAAGCUUCAACGGCUUCCUUGAGUUCUGCCUGGGUUUGCUGCGAAAGAUCCGCGACGUGUUCCCGUCAACAAACCCCGAGGCCACGUCCCGCCUGGAGGCGCUUCUGGGGUGUUUGUCGGAGUUCUACGGCACGCAGGUGUUCAAGAAGGCGUGUCCCUUCCACAACGACCUCUACCUGGAGAUAAAUAGCGUCAUCAAGAAAGGGACGCAGGAGUGGUACGAGCAGAUGAACUCUACGUUCAAGGCGGGCGGGAAGAGUGAAGAAGAGAAACUUCAGGGCCUGGUUAAAAUAACGAACGCGGUGCUCUCCGACCUCUACAAAAACAGAGACCACUACAACAAGAUGUUCGCCAGUGCCGUCAAGGUCGAGUACUUCAGUGUCACCUACCGACAGUUGGAGAAACUGAUAUCGGACGAGGUGAGCAGCUGCCUGGAGGAGCCGGGCGGCAGCUCGGAGGGAGACGUGGGGGCGCUGAGCCAGCCCUCUGGGGAGGCCAUGCUGCAGCUCUACCUGAACUUGCGCGAGCUGCACGGCCUUAGUGACUCGCUACCCGCCAGGGACGGGAAGCCGCUGGCGCUGGCUUCGUUCCACGGCUGGUUCAAGGUCCUCAUGCUGCGUUGGCUGCAGCUGGUUCACCAGAAGGCCAAGGAGAGGAUCAGCGAGUCCGUCAAGGCGGACGGGAAGGUGUCGCGCUUCAAGCUGGACUUCCUGAACGCCCAGGUGAAGUACAGUUCGUCGGCACUGAGCACCACGGAAUGUCUGUCCCACAUCCGGGACCUGUGGAAGGGUCUUCAGUGGCCCCCUGCUUCGGCCACCCCCAUCCUCAGCAAGCUCAUGCAGAACUUCUGCAACUGCGCCCACUUCUACAUGGAGCUCGUCAAGCGCAAGGUGGAGGCGGGAGGCUACUACAGGGCCGACGGGCAGUUCGACGUCAGCAACCAGCUGUGCGUAGCCCUCAACGGGAUGGAGUACGUGCGGCAGUUCGUGUGCGCGCUGCCCAAGGAGCUGGGGCUGACCGACGCCGAGGCGGCGGGCGCGCCCGCGGUCGGUGGGGGGCUCCCGGUGGGGGGGGGCCGCGGGGGGGGGCACGGCGGGGGCCCCGCUGGCGCAGCUGCACGCCCUGGACAGCGCCGUGCAGCACGAGAUCACCGCCGUGGUCACCAUCUUCGCUGAAAAGAUGUCCCCGGACAUUCGCAAGUAUGUUCAGCACAUCAGCUUGUCUCCGGACUCCAUCCAGUCGGACGAAGCCGUCUCGCCUCUCAUGAAGUACUUGGAUAACAACUUGGCCAUGCUCAAUAGAACCCUGCUCAAGGAAA